AUGAAGUUCUCAGCCCUGCUGCCGGCGCUGGCUUCGUGCCUGUCGCUGGUGUCUGCCAAAUCCACAACCACCUCAACUUCCAAGACCAACCUGCCCGCCACCUUCAAGCCUCCUCAGGUCUUCAAGAACGCGAAUCUCGUACACAUCCUCCAGCUGGAGAAGAACUACGCCAAGGAGUUGAUCAACACCAAGAUCGAGAACAUAGCAAAGGAGCCCCAGGAUGAGUACUUCCUGCCUUUCACACCAGACCAGAUGUCAAGAGUGGGAGGGUUCGAGGUCAAGGACAAGAAGAACGCCGAAGCCGGCCCAUUCAAGGUUGAGGCUGUGGAAUUUGACCCGGAAAGCACUGUCCAGUACUACCGUAUCAAGUUCCCCGAGCCCCUGAAGGCUGGCGGCGAGCAGACCCUCUCCAUCUCCUACUACUACACCUCCGCCUACAGGCCUCUUCCGGCCUCCAUUGGCCAGGAUGACAAACAAUUCCUGCUGUACCAGUCGACCGCCUAUGUCCCCUCCGCCUACACGACGUCGAAGCAGAAGACGGAGAUUAAGCUUCCCUCGUCCAACGUCCCCGACUACACCAAGCUCCCCGGCAGCGGCGAUGUCUCCGAGUUCCCCCAGAAGCAGGGUUCGAAGCUGACCUACGGCCCGUACGAGAACAUCCCCGCCGGCGCCGAGCUCCCCAUCGAGGUCCGGUUCGAGUUCAACAAGCCUGUCACCCACAUCUCCGACCUGGAGCGCGACAUCGAAGUGAGCCACUGGGGCGGCAACGUUGCCUUCGAGGAGCGGUACACCCUCUACCACCGCGGCGCGAACCUCUCCUCCCUGUUCAACCGCGUCAAGUGGCAGCAGCAGCAGCACUUCAACCCCAACAGCUACGCCCUGAGCGACCUCACCUUCCCGCUCGCGCCCAGCAGUCUCGACCCGUACUACUACGACGUCAUCGGCAACGUCUCCACGUCCAGGUUCCGGACCGGGAAGCGCGAGAAUCUGCUUGUCACCAAGCCCCGGUACCCCAUCUUUGGCGGCUGGAAGUACCCCUUCACCAUCGGCUGGAACGCAGACGCGAAGAGCUUCCUGCGCAAGGCCGCCGGCGGUGGCUUUGUGCUCAAUGUGCCCUUCCUCGAUGGGCCCAAGCAGGCCGAGGGUGUCGAGUAUGAGAACGUUGUCGUCCGCGUCAUUCUGCCCGAGGGAGCUGAGAACGUCAAGUACUACACCGAUGUCCCAGAAUCAUCCAUCACCAGCGCCGAUGUCGAGAUCCACAAGACUUUCCUGGACACCAUCGGACGGACUACACUGAUCAUCAAGGCGCGCAACCUGGUGGAUGACUUCCGCGGCCGCGAGCUGAUUGUCUCCUACGACGUCCCAUUCCUGGUCAGCAUUCGCAAGCCUCUUGUGGUAUUUGGCAGCAUGUUGGCUACGUUUGUCGCGGCGUACGUCAUUGGAGGUGUAGAAUUGAAGUUUUCGAGCAAGUCUGCGCAGGUGUGA